GAAUAGACAAUUCCACCAAAUCGGGCAAUUCCCUGGUGAACCUACCACACCAAGUCAAAACCAUGAGCACAAACGACCUGCUGAAGGCGUUCUUUGAUAGGCAAAAAGAGCUCCUUGAAAAAGAACGCAAGGCAGAAGUAGACAGAAAUGCACUCCUUGUCAGCGCUUGUAGCCCCAAGCUUCUCGAGAGCAGGGGCCUUGCCUUAACCGGACUCGGCGUCGUUGAAAUAAGUAUUGGUCUCGGAGGAAAGAGCCUAAUUGAACUGGAGCGUCCUUCAGCGUAUCAUUCCACGCCACUGUUUCCUCCGCACACCUUUCGGCCUGGUGAUCUUGCGCGAAUUGAUGAUUAUGCGUCUCUACAGUCUAGCAGGGGAAAGAAAUCAUCAAUCAAAGCCGCUAAAAGAGCAGAUUCUGAUAUUUCUGCUAUGGAGGGCGUCGUGUAUAAGGUUACAGAUACGCGUAUAGUUAUUGCGGUUGAUCCUGUGGAUGGGCGCGAUGAUUUGGAUAUCCCCGAGAAAUGCAUAUUAUUGAAGCUUGCUAACAGUAUCACAUUUGACCGAAUGGAUUCUGCCAUAUCUUCACUGGAGGCAACCAUUCUGCAUACCAAUACGGAUGAGAAAGCCAGGGCAAGACCCCCAAUAAGAAGAACCACUCUCGUGGAUGUACUACUUGGGAUUUCGACUCCUUCACCACCAAAGACGCUCGAGUCAUUCACGUUUUAUGACCAGUCCUUGAACGACAGCCAACGGGAGGCUGUUCGUUUCUGCUUAGAGGCUUCUGAAGUUGCGCUGAUUCAUGGACCACCAGGAACAGGGAAAACACACACACUGGUCGAAGUCAUCCGCCACCUCAUACGGCAAGACAACAGAGUACUAGUCUGUGGCGCGUCAAACUUGGCUGUCGAUAAUUUGCUUGAGAGAUUAAUACCUUAUGACAUUCAUCUGACUAGGAUUGGACACCCAGCCCGUGUCCUCGCGUCCUUGCAUAACUCUACUCUUGAUUCACAGGCAUCUAAAUCGGAGGAAAGUGCAUUGGCAAACGAUGUUAAAGCCGAGAUCGAAGAUGCAAUGAAAAUCCUGGCAGGGAAGGGUAAGAACAGGCCAAGAGGCGCAGAGAGGAAGAAAUUGUGGGAGGAAAUCAGGGAAUUGCGGAAAGAGUACCGCAAACGGGAAGGGAAUAUUGUGAAGCGUGCCCUCGGAAAAGCACAGAUUGUUUUCGCAACCUGUCACUCAUCAGGCGGCCGCCAGUUGCAGCAUGCCAGAUUUGAUGUCGUCAUCAUUGAUGAGGCUACGCAAGCACUCGAGGCGGUUUGCUGGAUACCUAUCUUGAAGGGUCAAAAGCUGAUUCUUGCUGGGGAUCCGCUGCAGCUCCCCCCAACGAUCAUGUCGAUGACCUCGUCCAAUGCAUCUCCAAAAGUGAAGACGACAUCGACAAGUAAAGCGAAGGCAGUGGCGAAACACACGGAAUCGGCACGAUCGAUGGCUUUACGACCAUCAGAGUCACUGGAGGUCACCCUCUUCGAUCGCCUAGAAGCUAUGUUGGGCCCGUCUGUUAAGCGUAUGCUGACCGUUCAGUAUAGGAUGCAUUCCAUUAUAGCGGAAUUCCCCUCCAUUACUUUAUACUCAUCCAAGCUGAUCUCUCAUGAAUCUGUGGCAUCACAUCUUCUCAAAGACCUCCCGGGAGUAUCUGACGACGAGAACCUAAACGCGGAUGUCUUGGACGUCCCUAUCGUCUUCUACGACACUUCAGGUUGUGAGUUCUACGAGCGGGUCGAAGAUGAAGGAGGAAAAGGCAAUGAUGAAGGUAGCCGCAGUAACGAGAACGAAGCAGUCAUCAUACAACGCUGGGUCGAAAUGCUGGUGAAGGCUGGCGUGUCUUCUUCCCAAAUUGCUGUCAUCACUCCUUAUCAAGCUCAGGUCACUUUGUUGACCUCGAUGCUGAGUAACACGAUGCACGAGUUAGAAAUCGGUACUGUUGAUGGGAUGCAAGGGCGAGAGAAGGAGGCUGUCGUUCUUAGUCUUGUCCGUAGCAAUGACAAAAGAGAAGUUGGUUUUCUUUCGGAGAAGAGAAGGCUGAAUGUCGCUAUGACGCGCCCGCGUAGACACCUUUGUGUAGUUGGAGAUUCAUCGACAGUCGCUCAGGGUAGCGAUUAUUUGAAGCACUGGAUGGAAUGGUUGGAGACAAAUGCUGACGUUAGGUUCGGCGGAGAGUUGAUAUCAUAGAUUUUUACAUGUGCAUUAUUAAAACUCAUGAUCCCUGGCCAAACACAUUACAGUGAGAUUAUCAUAACCUGUGCUAACUGCUACAUGAACAAUUACAAAACCAGAGGUGUCGGCGAAUUUCAACCAGUGCGGGUCCAAGUUCUCUCGAUGAUGCACCCGUCGUUAUUGAAGUAAAAACGCUCGGGGUGAUCAAUCAUUGUAAUCUGAGAUGAGAAAUGUUCUGGUUAUCAACGGGAACCGAGAUAAAUAGUACUUGCCUGAAUAGUCGUUUCAAGAUCUUCGGCAGGAGCCCUCCUCCAGUCCCUGGCAAUCUUCCAACCAAAGUGAUAAUGAUACUCUCCCAAGAUUCCAGUGAUACCAUCCUGUUCUGACCAUUGGAGCUCCAGUU